GCAAUAAUGGGCAAUGCCUGCUGCGUCAAGAGUCGGAGCAAGCAGGGCGCCCUCCUUGCCAAGGACGGCGGCACCGUUGAUGCGGACGAGCCGGUGGGUGACAAGACGCAGGUGGAGACCGAGAAGAGCGCUGGCGCUUCUGGGCAGAAGCCGGUCUAUGUCGGGUGCGUUAAGGAGGGCGACUAUCAGGGCCUCCUCUAUUUCGACAGUGGAUCUACAGGGACCCGACCGUACGUGUUCAUCCGCCGCAGUGCCGACGCCUCCGUGUCCGAGUUCUGGCAGCUCGCGUGGGCCCAGGAGGUGCGGCAGGUGCGCAUCCACACGUGCGUCAGCUCGGAGGCGCACGGCAACGAGGAGCUGCUGCGGCGCCUCCGGGGCUCCCCCGACGAGGAGGGCCGGCUGGGCCUGCUGGAGGGGCUGCGGCUCUCGCAGGAGUUCACCGACUACAUCGCCGACGCGAUCUCCCAGGCGGGGAGCAUCGUGUCCAGCUCGAUGCAGGCGGAGGCGGGCCACGGCGUCAAGUUCUGGUCGAACGGCAGCGCGCUGCUUAUCUCCGACAUCGUGGUCGCGAUCACGGGCGGGCUCCGGUCUGCCGUGGGCGAGUCGCCGGCCGUGUUGCGAGAGGUGGACGCCCGCCUCACGGGGCUCCUGUCCUCCAGGCUGCAGCAGGCCAAGGGCCUCGGCGGCGUCCGGCUGGUUGCCAAGUUGCUGCCCGGCAGCGAGGAGGCCCGCUGCGAGGCGGCGGCCGUCCGGGUGCUGUCGGCGAUGCAGGGGUCGGCCUCCCUGGGCGGCGCCGCUUCCGGCGUCAUCUCCAUGGGCGGGGCGUCCGUCCAGGUCUCUGUGAACGGCACCUCGCUGUGCAUCCCCAUGGGCCGCAACCGUGCCAUCGAGGCCGCUCACAAAGCUGACGGGGAGCCCGGGCACCUGGACGACUUCCGGGCCGAGUUCGCCGCCGCGCGGGCCGCGGCCCUGGCGGACCACCUGGAGUUGAUAGAAUCUCCGCGGACAUGGAUUGCGGUGUCUGGGCUCUAUUACACAGCCCGGGAUUUGGGCAUCAGGCUGGAGCAGCCCCUCGACCUGGCCGAGGCGCGGGCGGAGCUCCGCGCCCGGGCGCUCGCCCGGGAGUCCGAGGCCGGCGAGGGCGAGGACCCCGCCGCCGUCGACGCGCGGGCCGGCUCCGCGGCCUGCGCCCUGGAGGUGCUGGCCACGCUCUCCGGGCUGGUGGUCUUCCAGCGGGAGUGGCUCAACCCCACGACGAACCAGAGGCUCGCGGCGACCGUCUCCACCGGCUACGUCGUCAGCCACCUUGGCUACGCUGGGGAGCUGCCCACGGCGGUCAAGUGA